AUGAAUAGGCUUUUUGGUUAUAGUAAUAAAAAGACUAGUAGUCAGCUGUUGCAAGAUUCAUCCAAUGCCAUGGAUCAAGCCCAACAGGGCUUGAAUGGACGUAUAUCGCAGUUGGACACACAAAUCGUACAGUUGAACUUCCAGCUUCAGACUUUGCAGAAGAAGAUUGCCGGUACUAGAUCUGCUAUGGGGCAGAAACCGUUAAGACAACGUGCACUUAAGCUCUUGAACAAGAGGAAACAGUUGGAAGCUAUGAGGGAUCAGUUAGACUCGCAAUCUUGGUCCAUGAGCCAGGCGCAGAUGACAGCCGAUAAUCUGAAAAACACUAUGGUGACUGUGAAUGCUUUCAAGCAAACGAAUAAAGCGUUGAAACAGCAGUAUGGGAAGAUCGAUAUUGACAAAUUGCAAGAUAUGCAGGAUGAGAUGGCAGAAUUAAUGGUGCAAGGCGAGGAAUUGCAGCAAGUGCUUGCCAUGAACGGUGAAAGCGUUGACGAUAUCAGUGAGGGUGAGCUUGAUGCCGAAUUGGAGGCUUUAGAAGAGGGUGGUCUAGAUCUAGGCUUAGAAGAUCGCAAUAUGGAUAGGUUGCCGUCGUACCUUAGCGAUGCCGUACCACAGUUUGUGGAUGAUGACCCAGUUGAUGAACAUGAACCUGCAAGAUUGGAGACUGCCACGUAA